UGCAUUCCGCCGGCCAAGAAUGGCCUCUGUCACCACUCAGCCGGUGGUACGUAGGGGGCUUUGGACCAGUUUUCCAACCCUGAUUUUUGUACGAGUGCUUUACCGGCAAGUCACUCUGGCUCUGUGCGAGCUUCCGUCGCUCUGUCAUCGUUUCCCCGUUCUUUAGGCCUCAGCCGGUGGACGUGCGGGCUGACGCGACGCAGCGUUGCUAAUUUUGCCCGAAACGGCAAAACAGAUGGCGCGAACGGCUACGGCGAAAUUGGCCGUUUUUUACGCCCACCGGACGGUCUGCUGGAGCACCCGAUUUUGCCCUUUUGGGCAAACCGGCGUAGCGUUCCCGGCCAGCCGAUGCCAUUUUUUGCCCCUUUGGACUGUUUGACGGCGACCGGUGUUGCUACCGGCAAGUGCUCCACAGCCACCACCCGUCUACAACACCGCCUCUUCCCACCCACCCACAUUCCCCAGACCCCUACAAGGACUAUUGUCUAUCUGUGACUUGUGUUAUAUUCGCCCAGGUCUCCAACCUCCAACCUAUUUCCUUGGAGUUAAUGUCUCGAGUCGUAGACUUCAAGCCGUCACCGCGUAACGUUGCUAUGUCCAAGCCAUCCCUCCCGGUGUCUGGAGCCGGAUUUGUCGAGCGGUCGCCGACGCCGCGGUCGCUCCCAGGGGGAGCGGUCAAAGGCUGCCUUGAGCCCGUGCGCGAAGGUUCGCAGCCGCCGCAGCCUGUUGUGAAUGCGGCAGGGGCGGGCUCGAGCCCGAGUGGCUCUGCCCCGCGGAUGCUCAACGGAGUGGCGUACCCCGCCCCGGCGCAUGUGGUGCCUGGCUACCAGCGCAUGGCGGCGCAGCAGAUGCAGAUGAUGGCGGCGAUGCCGAUGUACGCUGCGGCGUUUGCGGCGAACCCGAUGCAGAUGCAGAUGCAGAUGGCGCAGAUGCAGAUGGCGCAGAUGCAGAUGCAGGCGCAGAUGCGAGCGCGGAUGGCGGCGGCGCAGGCGGCGAUGACCGGUUCUGCCCACAAGUCUGCCGCCAACGCAGCGGCGGACCUGCUGCAGCUGAAGAAGAAGCCGAUGAGCAAGAAGAAGCGCAAGCGGAGCCACUCGCCGCGGAUGUCGACGCCGUCGGCGGUGUCGCUCAAGCGCGAGGCUGCGCGCGAGCGCCUCCGUGGGAUGGACCCGGACGAGCUGUCGCGGGCUGCGCGCGAGCACUAUGAGCGCCUCAAGCCGCACCUCGACCGCGAGCCUGUCGGCCUGCUCUUCCAGUGUGACCAGUGCCACCUCGUGCUCCCGCUCUCGUGCUUCCGCUCGCGGCGGUCCGGCGACGCGCCCAUGAGGUCCAAGGCUCUCGCGUCGGUGGCGUGCUACUUUUGCGUCUGGGCCCUCACCCGCGACGUGUACUGCACCAACUGCAACCAGUACCACAUGGUGCCAAACACCAUCGACGACAUUCCUAUCCAGUGCGGCGUGGGCAACCGGCGCAAGCGCCGCCCCCACACCUGCCACUCGGUCUUCUGCCUCACCCACACCGUCUAUCACAUCCCCAACUCGCUCGACAAGCCGAGGCCAGCCCCGUCGUGCUGGACAAAGUCGGAGGAGCUCGCCACGUCGAUGAAGCUGGGCAUCCAGCCCAACUCGCGCGCCGGCCCGCGGACCUCGCUCCGCCCGGCCGCCAUGGACACUCUGCUCAAAGACUCGCCGCCGCGCUCCGCCAAGCCCAUCCCUGAAGCCGACGAUGGCAUCUCGUCGCUCCUGCUCGACGCCGUCGCCCCGCCGGAGCAGACCACUGCAACCCCGGCGCCUAUCGCAGACUAUGACUCGGGAGUCGAAGCCCAGCCCGAGGUUGAGGCCUCCGCCAACAACUACGACGACAACUCCGAAGACGUCGCCCCGCCCGCCAAGCGUGCGCACCUCCUCUAACUAGCACCAGCUUCCGCUGUCUCCAUCACCGCUGCUCAACUCCACGUACCUCCACUGUCUGCUGUGUGGCCUGCUCUCUCGUCAGCCCACCCGUCUCAAUCGGUGUGCUUUUCCAUGUUGUCCUGGACAAGCACCUUGCCCCCCGCCCUACUCUCUGCGGCUUGGGCUCGCGUCACCGUUGUGCAUUUCUUUUACGCGCUUCCCCGGUCACGACCUACGACUCUCUUGGGCUCGUCCUGCCUGGCUGCACUUGCAUUGCAAAUGGUGCCCUGCGUGGCUCUCAUGCCUCUCGCGUGCGCGCGUGUGUGCGUGCAGUGAAGUGUUUCUUUCCCCCCCCCCCCCCCCCAUCAACAAACGACAAACGAUAUCCG